GUUCGGAAGCUGAGGGGCCGGUGCGGCGGCUUCAAGAUGGCGGCGGCGGUGGCGGCUGCGGCGGCCGCGGCGGCCGCGGCUGCAUCUCUCCAGGUGCUGGAGAUGGAGAGCAUGGAGACUGCCGCCGUCGGUUCGGCGAGCCUGGCUGCCGAGAUCCGAGGAGGUAGCACGUUGGACUUCGGGCCCGGGAUCUCUGUCAUGGAGGCGAGCGGGGGCGAUCCAGGCCCAGAGGCCGAGGACUUCGAGUGCAGCACUCACUGCUCCGAGCUGUCCUGGCGGCAGAACGAGCAGCGGCGGCAGGGCCUGUUCUGCGACAUCACCCUGUGCUUCGGGGGGGCCGGAGGUCGCGAGUUCCGUGCCCACCGCUCGGUGCUGGCCGCCGCCACCGAAUACUUCACGCCCUUGCUUUCCGGCCAGUUUUCCGAGUCGCGCUCCGGCCGGGUGGAGAUGCGCAAGUGGAGCUCGGAGCCGGGACCCGAGCCUGACACGGUGGAAGCCGUUAUCGAGUACAUGUACACCGGGCGCAUCCGAGUGAGCACCGGCAGCGUGCACGAGGUGCUGGAGCUGGCCGACAGAUUCUUACUGAUUCGUUUAAAAGAAUUUUGUGGAGAAUUUCUCAAGAAAAAACUUCAUCUCUCAAAUUGUGUGGCCAUUCAUAGUUUAGCCCACAUGUACACCCUAAGUCAGCUUGCUAUGAAAGCUGCAGAAAUGAUCCGGAGAAAUUUCUAUAAAGUCAUUCAGGAUGAAGAAUUUUAUACUUUACCUUUCCAUCUCAUUCGAGACUGGCUUUCGGAUUUGGAAAUUACUGUGGAUUCUGAAGAAGUUCUUUUUGAAACGGUUUUGAAGUGGGUUCAGAGAAAUGCUGAAGAGAGAGAGAGAUACUUUGAAGAACUUUUUAAAUUGCUCAGGUUGUCCCAGAUGAAACCCACCUACCUUACACGGCAUGUCAAACCAGAGCGUCUGGUGGCCAAUAAUGAAGUUUGUGUCAAGCUGGUGGCUGAUGCAGUGGAGAGGCAUGCACUCAGAGCAGAGAACAUACAGUCUGGCACACUCCAGCAUCCCACAUCCCAUGUCUCACUCUUACCUCGCUACGGACAAAACAUGGACGUAAUCAUGGUUAUUGGAGGUGUGUCAGAAGGAGGAGACUAUUUAAGUGAAUGUGUGGGAUAUUUUGUUGAUGAGGACAGAUGGGUCAAUCUGCCCCACAUUCAUAAUCACCUUGAUGGACAUGCUGUUGCAGUAACAGAAUCUUAUGUGUAUGUUGCUGGCUCGAUGGAACCAGGCUUUGCUAAGACUGUGGAAAGGUACAACCCAAACUUGAAUACAUGGGAACACGUUUGUAGUCUGAUGACGAGAAAGCAUUCUUUUGGGCUAACAGAAGUCAAAGGGAAGCUGUAUAGCAUUGGAGGACAUGGCAAUUUUAGCCCCGGCUUUAAAGAUGUGACUGUUUACAAUCCCGAGCUUGAUAAAUGGCACAACUUAGAAUCGGCACCAAAGAUUCUUCGAGAUGUCAAAGCACUAGCUAUUGAAGACCGGUUUGUGUACAUUGCUGCCCGCACUCCUGUGGACCGGGACACCGAGGAUGGAUUGAAGGCUGUAAUUACUUGCUAUGAUACAGAGACUCGACAGUGGAAAGAUGUAGAAUCUUUACCACUUAUUGACAAUUACUGUUUUUUCCAGAUGUCUGUGGUCAAUUCAAACUUUUAUCAGACAGCAUCUUGCUGUCCCAAGAGUUAUUCUUUAGAAAACGAAGAGGCAGUAAGAAAAAUUGCCGGUCAGGUGUCUGAUGAGAUCCUUGAAAGCUUGCCUCCAGAAGUCCUGAGCAUUGAAGGAGCAGCCAUUUGCUAUUAUAAAGAUGAUGUCUUCAUUAUUGGAGGCUGGAAAAACAGCGAUGAUAUUGACAAACAGUAUCGGAAAGAGGCCUACCGAUACUGUGCUGAGAGAAAGAGGUGGAUGCUCCUUCCUCCCAUGCCUCAGCCCCGUUGUAGAGCCACCGCUUGUCAUGUUAGGAUCCCCUACCGAUAUCUGCAUGGCACACAGAGAUACCCUAUGCCUCAAAAUUUAAUGUGGCAGAAGGACCGCAUCAGACAGAUGCAAGAGAUACACCGGCACGCCCUGAACAUGCGGAGAGUGCCAAGUUCCCAAAUUGAAUGCUAAACUUGCCGACGUGUGCAGCUGGAAACUGUUCUCCCCAUCCAAUGGGGCUGGAGAUGCCUGGACUGUUACUUGGAAAAGUAUGUCAAUAACUUAUUUUCUACUUGGACUUACUACCCUAUAACGGAAGAUAGUUAAAAAAACAAACAGGAAACUCAGUUUAGUGUGGUAAUUUUUGUUAACUUACAGUCCUGUCUUAAGUUUGUAUGCUGACAAAUAAGAUCUUAUUAAAGAGAAGUGGGGGAAAGCAAGUCUAGUUAUUUGGCCUUUUUUUCUGCCAACAACUGUAACUCCUUUGUUUUAGGGACCUAUAUUUGGGGCUUUAAGCACCAGCAUUAUUUGCACAUUUACUUUGAUAUUCCUUUACAUUUUGUGUAGAUUGUUUGUUUUUAGUGAUAUCAAUUUAUGCAUUAAGUUCUCAUCUGCAGGAGGCAUGUGCAAUAGUGAGACUGGAUCUGAAGGUAAAAGCACAAUGUUUCAGCAAGAUUGAUCUCAGAAUGUUGGUGCUCACGUUUGUUGUGUGUGUUUAUAAAUGCUGUUUUUGUUCCUUGGAAAGAGUGACCAAUGAGAAGUUUGUGAUUGGCAUAUCAUCUGGCUUUUGUUUCUGCUACAGCUAUUUAUAGACUUGAAGCCGUCAUUCUGAGAUGAGAAUUGGGGAGGUAUUAGUAUUUAGCUGAUUGACUAGAGAGGAAGUUACAUAGGUGAAGUUUGUUUCUCUAAGAAAAGUGUUCAGUGUUGCUGAGAAAGCAAGUGAACAACAUUUUGAAACACUUUGAAGGGUUGUGACUGAGCUGAGGAGGAUGCAGCAUGCCCGUGACAAUCACACGCGAUGCCUUCAGUUCAUUUUUUGCUCCACUGAAUAUUAUAUAGGCUCUUCAUCAGUUCUUUCCACAAGAAAAACUUUCAAAAUGGCAAGGAAAGUAAGAGUUUAGAAAAUACUCCUCUAAGAGAAGCCAUAUUAUUUCUGGCCCUUAAUUGUCAUAAUAUUGUACUGGAUUACCCUAGACUUUAAUUGUAAUUUAGAGCCUAGAAUACCAAACCUGAGUACAUAGUUUUGGCUUUUAAAAAUUUAAGGUUUUCACAUAACACAUUUAAUAGAAAAAUGUCAAAAGGUUAAAUAAUCAGUUCAAUGGCUGUCAUCUUUCAGAAAAGGUUUUUAAUCUAUACAUAUUUUUAUUACUCUCCCUAAAGUAGUCUUAGUUUUUUGAGACAGGGUCUCUCUAUUUAGCCAUGGCCGGCCUGGAGCUCACUAGGAUAGACUAGGCUUUGACCGUACAUAGAUCCUGAGGGGAAAGCUUUAUUAACAUUUUCUUGAGCUGUUAUUUUAGAGCUCUCAUAUUCAAGGUCUAUAACUCUCAGUUGCUUUAGGUAUAUCCUUGAGUCCCAUUCUCUUAGUGUCUGCAUAUUCUUUGUUUGCUGAUCUUAUCACCUAUUUCUGUGUAUGGUAUUGAGGGUUAGCUCUUUUCUUUACAGUGUCUUUUGAACCUUGUAUUGGUAUCAUUGCUUUUGUACUAUUUUUGAUAAUAAAUACCUGCUCGGUACUUAAUUUUUUUUUUUGUUUUUGUAGACAGAGUAUAUAGUUUCCCAUUUUUCUUUAAGGAUCUGGAUCUAAUUUGUACUUAAUUUCUAAACUCCCUUGUGCAGGACUUUAGUCUUGGAGUGCUCAGCCUUAGGCUUUUGUGAGUAAUCCUGUCCUUGGUGGAACAUUGUACAACUUCUCUUUGUGAAUCCUACCAUCAAAGAAACAUUUCUCUUUUGGAUUUUGGUUUUAAUGCAAAUCUCAACUUGCAGAGAUUUCCCCAGAUCUUGCUGAUUUUAUUUUACCUUUGAUUUUUUUGGUUUUUGUUUUCUUGAUAGUCUUUCUAUAUAGUGUUGACUGGCCUGGAAGUCUCUGUGUAGACCAGGCUGGCCUAAACUCAUGGAGAUCUACCUUCCUCUGUCUGGGGUUAAAGGCCAUGUCCCACCCACUAUGCUGGGCUUGACGGCUCUGUAGCACACUAAUUUUAUUUUCCACUUCAGUUUCUUUUGUAAGUUCAUGGUGUUAAGUCAUUAGGGUCUUUCAUGGCAUUUCCUUCUUUUCUGACCUAGUAUUGUCUGUACAUUUUGUUUUCCUUUGUAGCCUUCUUUCACCUGGUCUGUUUCAUCUAAACCGUGAGCCCCCUUGACUUGCAGCACAGCACCAGUGAUGGAUCUGGACUUCCCAAACCUCUGUACUCUGUACUCAGAGAUUCUCUGAAAGAGCUGUUUUGUCUAUAAGCUUCUGGAUAUUGGUUCCCCGUCCUUGUAGAUUUGCUGUCUUAAGCAUGGUCAGCAGCAUCAGUGCCACUGUGCUUCAGCGCCUCUGGCACUUGUGAUUGUCAUUCGUUCCAACCUAAUUCCUUUCACUCCCAUCACUUCUUUCUAAACACUGUUAUGCUGGAUUGGCUUUGAGACUAUAUGAAUGUUUUUCAUAUUCAGGAAGAAUUUCCAUAUUGAUUUAACAUUGACAAGUCAAUUGUAGUCAGUCCAAAGACAUCUUGAUUGAUUUGUUGAUUCAUAACUGGUAUAUAAGCAUUCUUUAGUAAAGAUUCAGUUGAGAUCCUCACUGACAGCCAGGGUAAAGCCACUACUUUUUCUUGCUUCAGUAUUCACUUAAUGUUCAAGGGUUUUUUUGUUUUGUUUUGUUUUGCUUUUUGUUUGUUUUUAACAAGCUUAGAGAACACAGUUACAUUAAGCAUGCAUUUUAGAGCAACACUGCUCUCCAGCAGAAUAGAGGAAUGUUCUCUUGACAUUGUAGGGCCUUCAUCAGACCUGUGCAGUCACCACUUCUGAAUAGUCAUACACACAAGCAGUAUAUAAAGCAGUUAGGAGUGCAGAUAAUUCUCAAGGUGGCAUCACUAAUAGGUCCCAUCCUCUAAUGGGCUUUGACCUCAAGGAAGUUACAUCAAGGAAUACCCAUUUUUUGAGUUUCUAUACACUCCUGGACUUUAUGCAAGUUAGUAUUCAGGCUAAAUCUUUCAACACUCACUUAGCAUAGAUUCCUGUUCAGUGGGCUGGAGAGAUGGAUCAUCAGGUAAGAACAUUUGCUUUUUUUCCACUGAGUCUGGUUCCCCACAUCCACUUCAGGCAGCUCACAAGCCUCUAUAACUCCACCUUCAGGGAAUCUAAUACCCAUGGCCCCUGUAGGCACCUGCAUUCAUUCACAUGGACUUAUCCACAAGCAGACACAGACAUCUAAUUAAUUAAAAAUUGGGUAUGGAAGUGCUCAUCUGUGAUCGGAGCAUUUGGGAAGCAAAGGCAAGAAGAUCAGGAGUUCUGAGCCAGUCUAGUUAGUAUACAUGUGAGACCCUGCCUCAAACUAACCAACAACAAAAGGGUAACUAAUAAUGGCAGUACAUAAAUAAUAUAAAAUAAAGACUCUUGAUGGUUUGUAUUGUAAAUCCGAUUUUUUUUUUUUUUUUUUAAUUUAAGAAUGUCUUUACCUCCUUCUCUCAUUCUGGAAAAGUCCAAGAAGAGUGAUCUAUACUUCCCCGAUUGUACUAGAGUUAACUUUAUUAGGUGAUAAAAUAUCAGAAGCACAACCAGAAAUUUAAGCUAUUUGCUUAAUGUUCUUGGAUUCUGUACUGAUAAUUUUCUUGAAGUGUCUAAAUUAGUGUUCUUGCCCAGGACAAGGGUUAAUAGCUAUGUUGGAAAUGUGCUUUAAAACCAUUUAACUUAAACUGAAGUGAGUCUGGGAAACCACAAGUCCUUUCCGCAUAAAGGACCUGUUAUCCUCCCCCUUUCCCUUAACUUUUUCUCAGUUUCCAUCCUUUGGGUUUCUUUAGGCUGGUGUGUUACAGUGCUGGGAACUGAACACAUGCUAGGGAAACACUCUGCCAACUGGGUUGCUUCCCAGCCCUCUUUGUGGUUACCUUCAUAACAUAAAUAAGCCUUUGGAUUCUGAGAAGCAUUCCUUAGUUGUAAGAGGUCUGUGCACUGAAGGAAGCUUGCCUUUAUCUCUAAUUGUACAAGCAAAUCAUUUAAUAUUUCAUCAGGAUGCCAGCUUUCUCCAGAAGAAUGUCAUAUAUUUUGAUUUUUGACUUUUUGGUCCCAGAAUUGUAUUUUGGGGCUGUCACCACCAAGUUGUUAAUAGGGCCAUCUUUUUGUCUUUUUUUCCCCCCUUUAUUUUUUGGCAGACAAUAUAACUCCUAAGGUUUAGGUAUAAUCUGGUUUUAAAAACUUGAUUGAAACCGCUGUUUUUUUGACUCAGCAGGCAGCCUAGACCCUGGCUGAAUGAAGGGGUAAGUCCUUCCUUGCAUGAUGGUGUGCAGGUUUUCCUGACUACCAAGUUUCUAAUGUUCAUAUGUGAAUUCACAUGUGUGGCUUCACCACCAUAACUUGUGUCUCCUAAAUACUCUAACUAACUUGUUAGGAAGGGAAGAAACCAGAUUUGCUUAAAUCUGUUCAAGGCUGACAUUCUGAAAUUUUAAACUGGACAUAACAGUAUUUAUAAUAAUAAUCGUGCAGGUCUAAUAUAGCUCUUUGUGAAAAGUUAUAGACAUAGCUUUUUUAAAAAAAGUUAAAUAUAUUCAAGCGAACCUUUGUUUUGUUUUUAUUUUUCUAUGUUAGAAAGAACUCGAUUAUACCAAAAAAGGUACGACUGUCCAUUACUUGGAGUAAGGCUACUUCCACAUCAUAAUGGGCCCUACCUGUCUACCUUUUAGGUUGAGAAUGUCAGUCGUGAGCUUAGGGUUUAAGCGAUCAUCACUUGCAUGAUUAGUCUUGUGUAUCCUGAUAGCUUUGCUUUUUUGUGCCAGUUCAAAGUAACAUUUUUGCUAAGAACACUUAAAAUUAACUGACAUCAGUUUUGUUUUGGUUACCUGGUUGUGUGUAGUAUUUCUGGGACCAAAAAUUUUAAACUACUGAGCUAUUAAAAUACAGAUGCUCAGUCUGAAGCCAGAGAGCGCCUUUGUGUUCCAGCCCUGUCAUAGCUGGUAGGCAGGUUCUUGUGCACACUUUCCUCUCUGACUGUAGCAUGUGGUGUGUUUGAAAUACUUCCUUUUCUGCUUCCUGAUUCAAGUGUCAACACUAUAAGUAGACUGGAGCUGUGUUACAUAUUUUAGCUACUCGGUCUAAUAAAGUAUACAGGACCUCUUUCUGGUACCUCUGAACUAAGCUUACGUGCAAAGGGCAUGUUAGUCACAUUUCAUGUCUUUGAACAUAUAUGGUGUUGUGAAAUAUUCAUCUACACUAGAAAAAUGCGGUGCUUCGACCCUAGACUAUUUGAGCAACAAUUCAGUCUGUUCUCAGCCAUUAAACAUUUUGGCACGACUCGUCACUCCGUUUGUUAUUUUCUUGAGGAAAGUCCAUUUUGUUGUUGUACUUACAGCACAUGUUCUGGUCGUGAUACCAGACAGUUGUUGAGAGUUGUAAGACAAUGACGGCAACUUUACAAAGUAGUCAUUUGCUGCGAGGACUUUACUUAGCCAAAUCACUGCUCCCUGUAACCCUUACAGAGCUUUUGGCUUACUCUGUGACCCUUGCUAGGAGUGUGGUACCUUGAAGCACUUGUUAAUCAGUUACCCCUCCUGCUUUCUGCACCUGUGAAACACAGUACUUGCUAGGUGUUUGAAGAUUUUACCAUCUAUGGGCCGGGGCUAGUUGUGUUAUUUGUAAAAUAAGUAUUUAGUUUAAAAACAGUUUUCUUGGCUUAGUGGCACCCAAGCCCCUAUGCAAGAUAGAAUCUUGGUUUUCUCCCUUCAGAUUAGAGGAGAUGUAGUAUUUAGAACACUCUGAGAUAUUGUGUUUAUGUUCCUGAAGCUAGCUUGCUCGUGUUCAAGUUACUAAUUGUCUAAAUGUAAGUUUUCAAUAAACAUAUUUC